AUGGGGAGUAAAAUAAAACUGCUAGUGUGUGGGGAAUCCGCCAACGCCCACUCAAUAGCCGGCUACGCCGCCUCUCGAGGGAUAUUUGACGUUAAGGCUUUCGUCUUGGAUGAAGAGAAGGCGGAGCUAUGGAACCAGGCCAUGGAGGAAUCUCAGUUCAUUCUCCGGUUCAAGAAGGACGACGGGGACACAUCCGAGCUGCGGUCCACUCUGGAACUGACCGAGUUUCAUGCACGCGCGUGCGUGACGACACAAGACGUCAUCGUGUUGGCCACGCCUUCGUCUGAGCACGAGAAGUACCUGACGGCGAUGCAGCCCUACAUUCCUUCCGGUGCGGUUCUGGUCGGGAUGCCCAGCGGACCGGGAUUUGAGUUUCAGUGCUGGGACAUUCUCAAGGAGAAAUUCUUCACGUGUAACAUCGUGUCCUGCGACGUGGCGCCGUGGGAGGGGAAAAUCGUGGAAUACGGCAAAAUCGUAGAAGUGUUGCGUUCCGAAAAGGUGGUGAAUGGUGCCAUUAUGAAUCACUGCAGACCGAGAAAGCCUCCGUUCCUUGCUCUUCAGAUGUUAUUCGGAUCCAAGCCCUCGUUCAAACCGUCCGCAAGUUUCUUGGAAGUGACCAUAAUGUCGGACUUCCUGCGCACGUUUUACCCCGUGAUUCUUCACGCUGUCUGGCGCUACUAUCACAGCCCUCUCCACGUCAACCCACCGUUGUUCCACGGUAUUUCCACGGACGGUGCUAGCAUGGCUUUUUCCUUGAGCGAAGAGCUCCAGGGGUUGGCACGGGCGUUGGCUUUUCUUAAGAAAAGCUUUAAUAAAACCGCCAUUAUCAAUCUUCACAAGUGGUUGAUACUGCACUAUGGCGAUGAAAUAGAAGACGACACUAGCACAUACAGUUGUUUAACAACCAAUGCUGCCUUCAAAGACAUUAUGCAACCCAUGUGCGAGACUGGUGCUGGCCGGUUUAUACCGGAUUACGACACGCCUUACAUGACGGACGACCUCGUGAACGGACUUUGCGUGAUCAGAGGUAUCGCCGAUCUGGCCAACGUGCCUCUGCCUUCCGUCGAUGACGUCAUCGUGUGGUGCCAACAGAAAACGGGCAAGGAGUACCUGAUUCGGGGUAAAUUUCGAGGGAAAGACAUCGCCAGCACGCGAGCGCCUCAACGAUAUAACAUAACAACUUUCGAUGGCAUGUUCUUAACGAAGAAUAAUGUGCCCCAUAGAGACUUUACCCGUGGUGCAUCGGCACCUAAUUGA